AUGGCCUCGAAGGCUCCCUCAAUACCCCGCGCUUUCUCGCGCUUUCUCCUCCGCCCACAAUCUUCUUCCUCCCUGCAUCCCCAUGGCAAACAUGGCGCCAUCUCCAGACCCUAUUCUGCCGCCGCACCAGGAGCACGUCUAAAUGGAUCCGUAGACUACGCCACAACCCCCCUCCUCCAUCACACUGCAAAAUCUUCCCUCGCAAAUCCAGAGUUCUCCCAAGAGAUACAAAAAGGCCAGACCAAGCGCAUCAACCUCUACACAGCCGUCAACGAAGCCCUCCGUCAUGCCCUCCAGGAAGACGAGCGCGUCAUGGUCUUUGGCGAGGACGUACAGUUUGGCGGAGUCUUUCGAUGCACCAUGAACCUCUCGGCCGACUUUGGUACCGAACGUGUCUUCAACACACCACUCAGUGAGCAAGGCCUCAUCGGCUUCGCAGUCGGUGCAGCAGCAGAAGGCAUGAAACCCAUUGCCGAGAUUCAAUUCGCCGACUACGUCUUCCCUGCCUUUGACCAAAUACACAAUGAAGUCGCAAAGUACCGAUACCGUUCUGGAAGCACAGGUGUGAACGUCGGAGGUCUAGUUAUCCGCAUGCCAUCGGGCAGUGUCGGACACGGCGCGCUCUACCACACCCAAUCCCCCGAAGCCCUCUUCACCCACACCCCCGGUCUCCGCGUCGUCAUCCCCCGCUCCCCCAUCCAAGCCAAAGGCCUCCUCCUCUCCGCCAUCGCCUCCCCAGACCCCACCAUCUUCAUGGAGCCCAAAAUCCUCUACCGCGCCGCCGUCGAACAAGUCCCAAUAAGCCCCUACACCCUCCCCCUCGACACCGCCGAAAUCCUCAAACCCGGCUCCGACCUCACCAUCAUCUCCUACGGCACCCCGCUCUACACCUGCAGCGCCGCCAUUGCCGCCGCGGAAACUGACCUCGGUUGCCGCAUCGAGCUUAUCGAUCUCAGAACCGUUUACCCUUGGGACCGCGACAUGGUGCUUACCAGUGUCAAGAAGACGGGUCGCGCGAUCGUUGUGCAUGAGAGUAUGAUGAAUGCGGGUGUGGGUGCCGAGGUCGCGGCUACUAUUCAGGAACGCGCGUUUACCCGGCUCGAGGCCCCGGUCAAGAGGGUGACGGGGUGGGAAACACAUACCGGGUUGAUUUACGAACAGUUUAUUAUUCCGGAUGUUGCUCAUAAUAAGACUUGA